AUGUCUAACGCAGUGAAGCUGACAGGACACAGUAGCUGUACAUCCGGCUCAGCUCGUCUACCUCCGGAACAAGCUAUCACCAAUGCACUCAACGAGGUCCACGCGAGACGCGUCUUGCACGGCGUCGGCAUGUGCACACGUGUCUUCGUCUUCGCGGAAGUACGGCAGGGCAAGGUGGAGGUACGACUACCAAUUCUCUGCGUCUUCCGUCCCUCCGGAUCCGAGGUCAUUCUCGCCAAGAUCAAGUCCUCGGAUGAGGACGGUGUCCGACUAACUGUCGGAUUCUUUGGCGACAUCUACGUCCCCCUUGUUUACCUGUCGGACCCCCGCACCUUGUAA